AUAGCCCUGCCCAGUUGGGAAAAAAUGGGAGGAAUGGGCUCUGAAGUCAUGCAAGCUGCCAAGGUGUAUCGCCAACUUCUCAAAUCUGUGGACAAACACAUUGGUAAGGAAGAAUACAAAAGACAUUUCAGAGAUUUCAUAGCUCAAGAAUUCCGGAAGAGCUCUGAAUUGUCUGAUCCAUUGGCUGCUCAACAAAAAAUAAAGCUGGCUCGUGAUUACACUUAUCUGCUCAACAGUGUGCACCAUCAAAUGGACUUGCUAUUCUCGUACAAUAUUGCUGUGGAUAGAACAGAUGAGAUGAAAAGAAUACUGGGGAAAUCUGCUGCAAGUGUUGGUCUAAGGCUUCCUGAUGUCUAUCAACCUUGAUGGUUGCACGGUUUCAUGGUCCUCAGGUGCUUUUGGUUAAGAAUUGUCUCUCCUAUGUAUUUUGUUUUGAAUUCUUGUGGAGCAGUUGUUCUUUGUUUUUUGUUGGACAUGUUCAUUUGACGUUGAGGCUUAUACUGGUCAUUGGUCUACCGGAUUAGAGAAUAAAGUAUACAAAGUACACAACUACUCAUGCAAAGAGACUUUCUUAUGUUCAUGAGCAUUUGCAUCUGCGGAUAUUUGUGAUGUAAUAUUGUUACAUUAAUAUCUGUUAGAAUUAUUCAUUUUCGCUCCAUUUGGUUGAAAGGGAAAAUAAAGGGAAGGGAAGUGAAAUUUUCAAAUAUAAAAAGGAAAAUUCUGUAAUCAUAACCCACAUAAUUGUAUAAACUUCUUAAAUUUUUUACCAUAUUUAGU